AUGAGAUCGUCGAUCUGUUGCUUUUGUUCGACGGUGCCGCAUACCGAAGACGUUGAUGAAUUUGAGCAGUUGGAGGAGGUGAAGUCCUCGAGGUCGACGCCUAGAUCGCCUUACUUGAUUAAGGAAAAAUGCAGGAACCUAAUGGCUUGGAUCGGGAAAGGAGGGCACAAGCACUACGCCUCCUCUGAUUUCAGUUACGAUCCCAUGAGCUACGCGCUAAAUUUCGAGGACGAGUCGAGUCGAGCUGACGAGCUUCCUUUCGUCAACUUCUCGUCCCGACUCCGAUCUACGCCGGACCGGUUACCGGCGAUCAAGCACUUAGGUGAAACGCAGGUGCCGGUAAGGCGGGAAGUCUGUGCGUACAGUUGA